AGGUUACAUUACAUGAAACAACCUACGUCAGUUGCGCAUAGCCUCGAAAGAAAAUGUGCUUAAGAGUGAUAUCCACGAUGAAAGGUCAUAUAUGUGUUUUUCUUCUCAUUUUUGGUAUUGCAGAGGCCCAGAAUUGUGAUGAAAUGCAAAGCAAACACUGUCCAAUGGCCAAGCUAAAUUUUACUAAAAUCAUGGAUGGAAAAACAUUCUGCAGGCGCUACAAACAGUUUCAUCGUUGUCUUCAUCAUAUAGACUACUGUUAUAGAUACUAUGAUUUCGCCUAUGCCGAAACCUGUAAGUCCAAUUCAUUUCCGAGCGACACCAGCAGGCCUGAGGUCAGGUUCAAAACAGUCUUGUUUACCGCAAUCGUCGUCAUGUUACCAAUGCAUAUAUAAACAAGAGCACUCAGAGAGCGCAAACAUCUCCCAAGGUAACACCAACGGGCGCUCAACGAUUGGGUAGAAAUGAUUUUUAAAAUGAGAAUAUCUGAAAUUAAAUCAACUGCUCUCACAAACGAGAAUACUAAAAAGAAAAAAAUAGAAAAUUAGGUAAAAAAAAAAAAACUGAAAAAUAAUCCAGAAUCCUUGUCCGGUACCGGAUCAAUCCCAAAAUCGAAUAAGUUCGUGCCAUUUACGAGGCCAAACAUCUCUGAAAGUUUCAUCCGAAUCCAUCCAGCGGUUUGUGGUCCACGGAUAAACAAAUAAACAAACAAACAAACACGACUGAAAGCAAUACCCCCGCCUUCGCUAAGGUGGAGGUAAUAAAGAUUAUGUUGCUGUAAGUUGGAGUGUGUGUUAUUUUGUAAAUAAAUCAGAAGUGCAGUUCGAAUAUUGAUGGCAAUGUUACAUCGAAUAUUUUGAAGCAACAUUUCAGGAAAUUGUAAAGAUGUUUCCAUUGAGAAAAAGAGUAUUCCAUCCAAUAAGAAAUACAUUUAAUUUAACGUACACAGUAUUUAAUUAAGUGCUACUAAUAGAGUUUAGUGCCAUGGAGAUACGAUACUUCCGCAGAUUUAUAUACAUUGUUUUGUUUUUUGAAGCAGUCUUUCAGGAUCAAAGAACAUAGGGCAUGCUGUUUCAAAUUAGGACUCCUUGAGAAUUACGAGAAAAGAAAGAAGACUGAUGCAAAAUGAGGAGCGAGAGGACAAUACUUGAAUGAAAACGGGAAAAGAAGGGAAGGAAAAGAAGAACUCACAAUAAGUCUGGUUGUUGAAGAUGCCAAAGUUUGUGAGACAGCUACAAUUUAGUAGAUUCUCUCAAACUUCGGUGAGGAUUGUGUACUUUAGCACAACAGAACUUUUGUCCAUGUGCUUGCAUUUGCUGAAAAUGUCGGAUCUGAAAAAUUAUGUAAUGCGGUGGAAUUUUUGUAUCUAAAAUGAAUGAGCGAUGUCUCAGCUACGCAAGCAUGCAUGGCGUAUAAUUCUUCAGGAAUUUCCACUCUAUUCUGUUCUCGUGUUUCUUUCGGUAUCAGCUUGCCAGUUUUCAAAUCGGAUUAUAAUUUACGCUGUGCCCGAAAGAUUGCUUGGAGAUUCAAGGUAUGUUAUGUAAAUCUGUCAAAUUAUCAUGUCUCCAUGGCCUGACAUCAUUAGUAGAAGUUCUCUUAAUCUUGUUUAUAUUGAGAAAUAUAUCUAUCCGUAUGUAUGCUUGUGUGCGCAUGUGUGUAUCUGUGUAUGGUUUUAUAUGUUUAUAUAGCAUUAUAUUAAAUCGUGUAUACUUAGUUCCGUGUAAUGUAUUACCCACCAUAUUGCUUCCGGUAUACUAUUGUCGUUAGCGUUGUAUUUUGUAGUGACACUGGAUCAGAUAUAAAAUGCAAAUGUUGGAGAAAUUAUGUUCAACAAAUUGUAUAUAUUUUGUACCCUUGUGCGUGUGACAGUUGUGAUUCUUUGCAACCACUUUGUUACUUAUUCAAACUUCAUGUGGAUAUUGUAACCAAACAGAAUCAUUUGGUCUGUGUAACACAGUUCAUGAAAAUUUUCUCAUGAUGCUCACUUGUAGUUCAUCAUGGAAUUGCUUUGAAACAUUGCAUGGAGGGGCUAUAAAAUGUAAUACAAUGUAAAACGUACGUAAGGAAUAAAAUUGAAUUUAUUGUAA